AUGCUCAGGCCCAGCAGCACAACACCCCCAAGCCGCUUAGGUCUGUACUCUUUCCUUUGUCGGCCGCAAGAUCAACCAGAUCCAGCGAGCACUGAACCGCGGAUUGCGGAGACGACGGACAAGCCGCAAGCGGAGAACAGCACGCCGCGGCCUGUCAUGGACCACUCGAAAUUAAUCGUGGAGCCAGAUCUGUCGCAGAUGAGCAGCGAAGAGUUGGCGGAAGUGUAUGACCUGACCGUGACGAAACCGGACAUCGGGUCUGUCGUGUUCCAUGGCGUUACAGACUGCCGGGACCUGGACAUUGCACAGACGGUGGUGCUUAAACGCGGCUACGUUCUGGUUUAUCCGGAUCCGGCCAAGAAGCCCCCACCUGGCGAGGGCCUGAACAAGCACGCGACCGUGACGAUGUACCAGUGCUUUCCUCCAGGAGGACAUGUAAAGGACGAGCAGGCGCUGGCGGACUACAAGGUCAAGAUCAAAAAGAUGACCGAAGAGAAAAGUGCCUGCACAUUUAUCGACUACGACUGCUUGACGGGAGUUUGGACAUUCGAAGUCGAGAGAUUCUGA